UUCAACAGAGGCAAGACGGUCAUAUUGUUGAGGAUACAUAGUUUUAUUACUUAUCCUAUACGUAGAAGCAUCAUGCCUUGUGAAGAUGAGGAGAGUCUGAGUCAGCUGGAAGAACAAGAGCAGGAAUUGAUCAACGCAAACAGAGUGUUACAAAGCUGGAAGGAUAAGAACAUUCCACAUGACAGCAGGAAAACAGAUGAAGAGAAACGAGUUGAAAUGGAAAACUUGAAACAGCAGAUUGACAUGCUACGAGAAUUAGGACCAUUUAAGUUUUUUGGUAUAUCAAAAGAGGUAUUGUCCAAAGAGGAGGGCACCAUAUGCACAAGAAAGACAGUUGAGGGAAAGUGUAGAAAUGUGGAGUUUCAACUAAAAUACUGCAUUACUGAAUCUCUGGUCAAGGACAUGAACAAACAGAUCGUGAAACUGUCAAUAGCGGCCUCUGAGAACAUCACAACAGAACUUCGUGGAACAAUAGAGAGACUUGCAGACACGGGUGAUAUUCAAGGUUUCUUACAGCUGAUUGAUGGCUACACAAAGUGGACGGAAGCAAGAAGGAAGACAUUUCACCAUUUUGUAGAGGCCCAUCCAGGCACUGUUUCACAAAUCGAUGGAAAUACUCUUCAUAUUGCAUCCAAAAAAGGUACGGUUGUACUGGGCUGGGGGGUAAAGAUACAAGGACGAAGCACGGUCGUUCCCGAGAUACAUCUGUGCCUCGACAUUCAUGCACCAGUUUCAAAAGACAACAAGAAUUUCAUAGAGGAUGCCGAUGAGAAGUUCCAGCUGAUGUUGAAUGAACUUGGAAUAGAGAAAUCAAUCAGAUGUCUCGUAGAAGUCGCUUGAAUAAUCAAAAAACCAUGGACAUUCUAUUCACUUUAUGAACAUUUUGCUGAUUUAUCACAUGACUGCAGACAUUUAUUGACAUUAUUAACCUUUUGCUGAUUUAUCACAUGACUGCAGACAUUUAUUGACAUUAUUAACAUUUUGCUGAUUUAUCACAUGACUGCAGACAUUUAUUGACAUUAUGAACAUUUUGCUGAUUUAUCACAUAACUGCAGACAUUUAUUGACAUUAUUAACAUUUUGCUGAUUUAUCACAUGACUGCAGACAUUUAUUGACAUUAUUAACAUUUUGCUGAUUUAUCACAUGACUGCAGACAUUUAUUGACAUUAUUAACAUUUUGCUGAUUUAUCACAUGACUGCAGACAUUUAUUGACAUUAUUAACAUUUUGCUGAUUUAUCACAUGACUGCAGACAUUUAUUGACAUUAUGAACAUUUUGCUGAUUUAUCACAUGACUGCAGACAUGUAUUGACAUUAUUAACAUUUUGCUGAUUUUUGUCAUGUGACUGCGGACAUUUUAUUGACAUUAGAAUCCAUACAUGCCAUAUUCCUGAGAGGCUUCCCAGGGGAUUUUGGUCUGAAUUCCAGGGGAUUUUGAUAUUACACCAGGGGAUUUUUACGCGACGAAAAUUUGCGCAAUAUCUGCAUUUAUAAUAUAAGAAUAAAUACAGAAAUACACUCAAAUUACAAUAAUUUUUGGACUUAGUCAUCAUGGUCCUUCAUGGAAUUUCACACUCAUAAAAAUAUUGAUGCUUUCCACUGUCAACCUUAAGCAAGUUUUGAAAAAAAAAAAAAAAAAAAAAAUUUUAAUUCCAGGGGAUAUGGAUCCCCGGCGGGGAACCAGGGGAUGGGAAGAAAUUCCGGGGGAUUUUUCCCCCCUCCGGGGGAUAUGGCAUGUAUGAUAGAAUAGAAACUUAUUGCUUAUUUUUUAUCAGUAUGCUGACAUUCCUUUCAAAAUGACUUCAUUUUUCUGUCAAUUUUUACUCUUUUUUUUUUCAAAAAGUGAAAGUUUAGACAUUGUCAAACCAUUGGUGUUAUCAUCAUUGCUUUCGUAAAAUGUUUCCUUGGGCAUAUUUUAAUUAACACUCAAAGUAUUGAAAUAAAACUUUGUACACAUGAUACAGGAGACAAUAUGUACAUGCACGACUGAAGACCAAGGCCCAUAACUCUGGCAUUGAUUUUUAAAUUAUUUCCCUUCUUCAACUAACAAUAAAAACAGGCGAGCGAUGAUACUUGCUCUGCGGCACUCUUGUGUUUCAGUAUGAUGAUUGAUAUUUCAAGUUACCUCAAAUUAUGUUGAGUAUCUACUGAUUUCUUCACUCUCUUUUUUUCUAGUCAUACGAGGUUAAAAUUAAUUGUUUUGGAAGCUCAUUUAAUCUUGUUUUGUUUAAUACAUUGCAUGUAAAUAAGAAUUACACUCUGGGGGAGGGGUGGGUUGGUUCUGAAGGAGGGUUUUGAGGUAAUACUUAAGGAUAACAUGAUACAAGAUACAAGAUGCAUGAUCUUUAUUUAAAGUCAUGUAUAUACUAACAAAAAAGCAGUUCAAUGAGCUAUUUUUAGACAUGACAUAUUAAACAGAAGCUAGAUCGACUUUCAAGUACAUUCAAAAUAGAAAGACAUGAAGUUCUGAGUGAUAUGGAUAACUGAUAUGGAUAAUAACAUACAUUCCUGUUAAAUUGAAUUGUCGAUUUUUUAUACCUUUUUUGUUGCCAUAGCGACAUGGUACAUAUUCUGAUUCUAACCUUAUGAUGAUAUUAAAGCUGCACUCUAACAGAUUGACCGUUUUAACAACUUUUAUUUUCUUGGAAUGAGUUAAAUUUUGCGUUAAUGUUUAAAAACCACUGAUACAAGACUGAUGACAAAAGAUCAAUCUGCAGUUGUUCAUAUUUAUGUUCACAAAAAUGCUAUGUUUAUGGCUAAAAGCAUUACUAACGCUUUAAGAAAUACGAGUUUUUCGGCAGUUUUCCAAACAGUUGAGAUGUGUUCUAUUGUGAGUUUCUUAUAUGACUGAAUUGAAGUCGUUGAUACGAAAAUCAGCUAAUUCUGAGUAAAAAACUAAUAAAAAUGUCAAAACGGAGUAUUUUCCAUGGCCCAGAGUGUAAUAUAGGUUCAUCCCGACCCGAGCAUAGGGUGUUUUGCGGAAACGAGGUUUUGCGCGAUGAACCUAUCUUACACUAGCGGCUAUGGUAGAU